UUUAUGAGCGAGAAGAUUGGCGGCGUCGAGGGAACCAAAUUUACCGAUGAGUUCACCCAGUUGGAAAGGAAAACCGACAUGACUAAUGAGCUGGUGGAUGAGCUGAUCAACAAGACCAAGGAGUACCUUCAGCCGAAUCCGGCAUCACGCACCAAGCUGAUGGUCAGCUCAAAGCUGAAGGGCGCACCGGGCAAGCCGCACAUGUACCCGCAGCCGGAGGGCGUUCUCGGCGAGAUCAUGUGCAAGUACGGCAAGGAGCUGGGCGAUGAGUCCAAUUUCGCCCGCAGUCUGAUUGAAAUGGGCGAAGCGAUGAAGGAGCUCUCCGAGGUGAAGUACUCCCUCGAGGACAACGUUAAGCAGAACUUUCUGGAGCCGCUGACGCAUCUACAGGCGAAGGACUUGAAAGAUGUCAUGUUCCAUCGAAAGANAAAGAAGUUGGAGGGGCGCCGUCUGGACUUUGACUGUAAGAAGCGCAAGGCGACGAAGGGCUCGCAGCUGGAGCAGGAGGAGAUUCGCAUGGCCGAGGCGAAGUUCGAGGAGUCCUUC